AUGGCGGCACCGGGUGCCGUGCAGGGCGUUGAGUCGCCUACUUGCUCUGUCGAGGAGUUUACUAGUACCUCUUUCGACUACAUCAUCUGCGGUGGCGGGACUGCGGGGUGUGCUAUCGCGGCACGCCUGAGCGAGAAUCCCGAUGUAAAGGUCGGAAUCGUUGAAGCUGGAAAGUAUCGUAUUGGUGAUCCUUUGGUGGAUACACCCGCGGCGUUCUUCCAAAUGUUUGAGGAUCCCGAGUAUGAUUGGUGUAUGUACACGGCACCACAGGAAGGCAAUCGAGGCCGAGUUCACCAUAUUCCCCGCGGCAAGCUGCUUGGCGGCUCUAGUGGCAUUAACUAUAUGAUGUAUGUCCGGGGCUCGCUACAGGACUAUGACGACUGGGCUGAGCUGGCGGAGGACGAGGGCUGGUCUGCGGAUAUAAUGCAGCAUUAUAUGCGCAAGCACCAGACUCUCGAGCCUUACGAUGCCGCAAUCAAUGAUCGCUCGACGAUGCCGGUGGUCGGCGAGUUUCACGGCACAAGCGGCCCCGUCCGAACGAGCUUCAACGACUCAAUUCUUCCCAUAGAGAAUGAUAUCAUCAAAGCGUGCGAUGAAGCCACGGGAAUCACAAAGAAGCCCACCGACCCCUGGAGCGGCGACCACAUCGGCUUCUUCCACAGUCUGGGCUCCAUCAUCCGGACCGGUCCCAACAAGGGCAAGCGUAGCUACGCCGCACGCGGCUACUACGAGGCUAACAAGGCCAGACCGAACCUGAAAGUACUCUGUUCGACGCUAGUGAACAAGGUCGUUCUGGACGGCAACAAAGCCACCGGCGUCAGCAUCUCGCACGAUGGCAAGGACUACGAGGUUUCCGCGCGACGCGAGGUGAUCGUCUGCGGCGGAACCAUCAAGUCACCGCAGAUCCUCGAGCUCUCGGGUAUCGGCGACCCUGCUGUACUCGAAGCCGCAGGUGUGCCGUGCAAGAUUGUGAAUCCUGCCGUCGGCGCAAAUCUCCAGGACCACUCCAUCACACUGGCCGUCUACGAGACCAAGCCCGGCACCGUUACUCUGGACACCUUCUACCAGAACCCCGAGAUAAUGCAGAACGCGCAGAAGCAGUACGUCGAGUCCAGCGGUGGACCGCUGAGCUGCACGUCCACCAUGCAGGGCUUCUUCCCCGCAAAGUCGGUCAUGUCCGACGCCGAGAUCGAGGCUGUGGUCCAGAGUAUCCGGGAUAUCAAGCCGACGAGCCAGUUCCACGAGAGGCAGCUCAAGCAGAUCAUCACUCACAUCGAGAGCGACGUCUCUGCUAACCUCCAGAUGGUCCUGAUUCCUGCGACGGCCAAUAUCGAUGGUAUCGAGCACCAGCGACACAUCUUCCCGCCAGCUUCCCCCGACAGGCCUGCUGGUGUGAGCUUUGCGAUCUGUCUGCAGUACCCGGUAGCCCGGGGCUAUGUGCACAUUGAAAGUGCCGACCCUACCAAACCCCCCGUCAUUCAACCCAACUACGGCGGCCACGACGCGGACAUCGCUCUUCUGGGCGCAGGUUUCCGCUGGGUCGACAAAGUCCGGCAAUCGGCACACGUCAACUCGACCCUGACGGACCGCGCAUUCCCGGAACCAACUGUGGACCUGGCCAACCUCUCCGCAGCCAAGGAGGCGGUGCACGACGCCGUGCUCGGUGAGUACCACAUCUGCGGCUCGGUCGCAAUGGGCGACGCGCUGGACUCACGGCUGCGUGUCAAGGGGGUGGAAGGCCUGCGUGUGGCAGACGCCUCGAUCUUCCCGAACAACGUGAGCGGGAACAUUGUCAGCAGCGUGUACGCGGUGGCGGAGAAGGCGGCGGAUCUGAUCAAGGAAGACUGGGACUUUGCGCCUCUCAAGGAGGCGAUGGCUUAA